AACAAGCAUUCUAAAUCUUUGUCGUCUUGUAACCUUCAUUCAAUUCAAUAAUUUCAGUUUAAUCGUCACCGGAUUUUGUCUAUAGUACUACACAUUCUGUUCUUGUUUUCCUUUAUUGCAACUGUAUUAAUUCUCACCUUCAACUUCAGCUCAAAAAAUCUCUCAGAAGAACAGCUUUUGCUAAAGCUGGAAAAUAAGGCCAGAAACUGCAUAUCAGAUGGCACCAAAGCUGCUAGGCCGGAAUGACAAGACUCGUAGCCUUGAGAGUCUACUUGACAUGGAUAAAUCCGCGGCUGCAAACAAAAUUCCAGCCAAACCACCUCAACCAAGGAAGCUGAUUAGUGGACAAGGCCUUGAGUUUUUUAACUUGUCAUAUAGUUUCAUGAAGAAACAAAAGAAAGAUGGUGUGGGGAUCACCAAAGAAACGUAUCUUCUCAACGACAUCUCUGGACAGGCGAUGAAGCACGAAGUGAUGGCAAUCAUGGGGCCUAGUGGUGCUGGGAAGUCUACGUUUCUUGAUGCCUUGGCAGGACGGAUUGCGCAAGGGAGUCUUGAAGGAUCUGUCACGAUUGAUGGAAAACCAGUGACUACAAGCUACAUGAAGAUGAUUUCUUCUUAUGUAAUGCAAGAUGACCAGCUGUUUCCAAGGUUGACAGUUUUUGAGACACUCAUGUUUGCAGCAGAAGUCAGGCUCCCUCCUUCCCUUUCUAGAGAAGAGAAGAAAAGGAGAGUCCAUGAGCUCAUUGACCAACUGGGUUUAGAGAGUGCAAUCCAUACAAAUAUUGGUGAUGAGGGAAGGAGAGGAGUAUCAGGAGGAGAAAGGAGAAGGGUGUCUAUAGGAAUUGACAUUAUCCACAAGCCAUCACUGCUUUUCCUUGAUGAACCUACUUCAGGUCUCGACUCUUCCAGUGCUUACAGUGUGGUUGAAAAGGUUAAGGACAUCGCUCAAGGCGGCAGCACUGUCCUGAUGACCAUCCACCAGCCAUCUUACAGGAUUCAAAUGCUCCUGGAUCGUGUCAUGGUCCUCGCAAGGGGUAGAUUGAUAUAUAUGGGAAGUCCACACGCCCUUCCGGUUCACCUGUCUGGAUUUGGAAGGCCAGUUCCUGAUGGUGAAAACAGUUUUGAGUAUCUUCUAGACGUAAUCAAGGAGUACGAUGAAUCCACUGUCGGGCUGGAUCUCCUUGUCCAGUACCAAAGAGAUGGUAUCAAACCUGAUCAAACAGCGAUGACUCCAAUCAGAAAACCUCCAAAGACACCACAAACUCCUCACUUGAAAACCCCUGUAUCCAAGCAUGCAAUCAGCCUUCAUAGUCAAGGAUUCUCUUCUUCAACAAUGACAUCUGGAGUGGCUUCUGGACAGUUUGGUUACAACGACAAUGAUGAAGACGAAGAAUUCGACAACUCCCUUGAACGCAGCAAAAGCAUCCACACACCAAUGAACACAGUUAGUGGUACUCAUCCACGCUUAGCUUCUCAAUUUUACAAGGACUUUUCAGUUUGGCUCUACCAUGGUGUGGUUGGAGGAACUCCACGUCGUGCCCCCUCAUGGACACCGGCCAGAACGCCUGCACAGACAUCAGCAAAGACAACCCCAGCAAGAAGCCAUGUCUCAACCAGACACUCAACGCCUCUGCGUACUCCUCAUCGUCCUAAAUCCUCAGUUUCUCUUAGCCAAUCACAAGAUCAUUUCUCCACUUCUUUUGAUGAAACCUUUGAGAUUGAAGAAGUGCUUGAUGAACCUGACCACAGGGCUAAAUUUGCCAACCCAUGGCUCCGGGAGGUUGCAGUGCUCUCAUGGAGGACAGCUCUCAAUGUGGUUCGCACCCCAGAACUGUUCCUGUCUCGCGAGAUUGUACUGGCUGUAAUGGCUUUCAUUCUCUCUUCACUCUUCAAAGACCUUAGUCAUCCAACAUUCAUAAACAUCAACAGGCUCCUCAAUUUCUAUAUAUUCGCAGUCUGUCUGGUUUUCUUUUCUUCCAAUGAUGCAGUCCCAACUUUUAUCCAGGAAAGGUUCAUCUUCAUCAGAGAGACUUCACACAAUGCAUAUCGUGCUUCUUCAUAUGUCAUCUCUUCCCUUAUAGUCUAUCUCCCAUUUUUUGCCAUACAAGGUCUCACAUUUGCUGCCAUAACAAGAAUUUUGCUUCAUCUGAAGAGCAAUCUAUUCGACUUCUGGAUGAUCCUGUAUGCAUCUCUUAUCACAACCAAUGCUUAUGUGAUGCUUGUUAGUGCUCUUGCUCCAAGUUACAUAACAGGUUAUGCUGUUGUUAUUGCCACAACUGCUCUCUUCUUCUUGACUUGUGGGUUCUUCUUGAAGCAAACGCAGAUUCCCAUUUACUGGAGGUGGCUCCAUUACAUCUCUGCAAUCAAAUACCCAUUUGAAGCAAUGCUGACAAAUGAGUUCAAAGGCUCAAAAUGCUACAAUGGAAAUCCAAGGGAUCUGACUCCAGGUCCACUUGGGGAGAUUAAGCUAAGCAAACUUCAUCAAACAUCUGCAAAUUGCACAUUAGUAGGAGAAGAUGUUCUAUCAUCAAUGGAUAUUAAAUUGGAGAACAUUUGGUAUGAUAUUGCUAUCUUGCUGGCUUGGGGAGUUCUUUACAGGUUCUUGUUCUAUGUGGUCCUCAGAUUUUAUUCCAAGAAUGUAAGGAAAUGAAGGGUUUUUUUUUUUUUUUUUUUGUUAUAGCAGACUGUCGGAAAAUAAAGAAGCUCACAAGCUCACAUAAAAUUUGCUUUUCUAGCUUUUUUCUCUCCUAAGAAUGUCAAAACUAUUUAAUUUGUUCGUUUUACAUAGGGACUGAUCCUGAGAUUUGAAGAUAA